UGUCAACUGUCAGUAGAAAAUAACUGUCACCUGUGUGAUUAUUUGCCAUUAUUUUCCUGUGCGAUUAUUUGAAAUUAUUUGAAUUUUUUAGUUAAUUAAAUAGUACAUUAUAUCCGCAUAUACACAUUAUGAUAGUAUAUUAAACGAGUGUUAAAUUGUUUUGAAAUUAUUCAAAUAAAAAGUCCUAAUAUAAAUGAGCCAAAAUAGUUAUUAAUAAUAAAACAAUUUGUAAACACGCUAAAUAACAAUUUUAUCGACAUGGAAACCACAAAAGUGAAUGCUGCCUACCUGUGUAACUAUGAAGUGAUGCAGAUCUUACAACAGCUCAAAGACAGCACACAGAAGAAACACAAACGUGAAGGAUCACUUGCUACGGUCACUUAUGAGACCGUACAUUACCUACAAGAUACAGACUGUAAGAAACAAAAUCCGGCAAGUAUAAAGAAGUUUCUAGACGGUUUGAAGAACUUCAAGUUAACCAAGACUGAGAAGCUUAUGAUGGUCAACACUCCUCCAAGAACGGAACUGGAAAUUCAACUGAUCGCCCAAGAGAGUGAAGAGCGUCUAUCAGAAGAAGAUGUCCGUAAAAUAAUUGAGCUAGCCAAUGAAUGCCUGCCAGCGAAUGAGUCUUGACAUAAUGAAAGCCAAUCUAAAACCGAAGAAAUUGAAUAGUGAUAUCCAUUUUUUUUUUUGUUGUUAGAAUAAGUAAUAGGUUCAGUGCGUUUAAUAAUAUGUUUGUAAUGACUGUAUCUAAGAAGUGUUGAGAUGAAGAUAUAAAUGUAUCUAAUAUUGAUGUAUGUAUUUGUAUAAGUGUAAAAUGUGGUCUCAAUAAUAUAGCACGUAACUCAAUUGAGUUAUCAAAGUUUAAA